GGGACGCCAUUUUAUAUCUGUUCUUUGAAGAGGAAGUGAGCUCAGAGAAAACGCGCUUUUCAGAAAUUUUUUAAUUAAAUAAGGGCUCUUUUAUAAGGAAAUAAAAAAUGAGUGGAGGUGGAAAUAAUGCUGCACGACCGCCGCCAAGAAUUGAGGGCAUGAUAUCGCUGAAGGUUGAUAAUUUAACAUAUCGCACUACGCCCGAGGACUUGAGGCGUGUAUUUGAGCGAUGUGGCGAGGUUGGUGACAUUUACAUCCCUCGCGACCGAUAUACCCGUGAAAGCCGUGGUUUCGCUUUUGUUAGAUUUUAUGAUAAACGUGAUGCAGAGGACGCAUUAGAGGCCAUGGAUGGUCGAAUGCUUGAUGGCAGGGAGUUGCGUGUUCAGAUGGCUCGCUAUGGUCGACCAAAUUCUCCGACACGUCGCACCAAUAAUAGACGUGGCGGCGGAGGUGGUAGACGUCGUUCGCGUUCACCUGUACGUAGGCGCUCCCGUAGCCCCCGUCGUCGUUCGUAUUCACCUAGAUCCAGAUCUCGUUCGGCGGCAGGUAGUCGUUCACCUGUUCGACGCAGCAAGUUUUCACGCAGUCCAGUUGGUCGUAAAUCUUUGAGCCGUAGCCAAAGUCGCAACGGUAUAGCUGCUCGUAGUGCGUCACGCAGUCGAAGCCGGUCCUAAAGAUGACAACUUAUCACUGCGACAAAUCAUUGAUAUCUUUAAUCAGAG